AUGCCAGUCCCAUCGUCAACCCACACGUCACCAUCAGCAUCAGCUUCAUCACCAAAGUCACACCAUCACCCUUCACUACCGACAGAAGAUGGGCAACAGUGUUCCAAUUGUGGAACGACAAAGACUCCACUUUGGCGACGAGCACCCGAUGGCACGUUGAUAUGUAAUGCCUGUGGACUUUACCUUCGGUCAAAUCACACUCAUCGUCCGGUCAAUCUUAAACGACCACCAAACACAAUCACUAUAUCGAAAGAAGACGAAGGAUCGUGUAAAGGAGAUGGAAGAUGUAAUGGAACUGGUGGAUCAGCUGCCUGUCGUGGAUGCCCAGCUUUUAACAAUCGAAUUGUGGCGAAAAAGACGUUGGAAAAAUCACCCACAAAUGAAGACUCUAAGAUUAAAGCCGAUAUUUCCGUAAGCGCAGGAGAAGGAGCCAAGCAGAUUCAUGCAAUGACUAAGUUGCUGAGUAAUGAUGGUAAGACGGCGGAAGUUAAAGGAACUCACACAGGAGCAGCAGCUGAUGCUGCUGCGCCACCACUGCCAACAGCAGCAGUAGCAGCAUCUACCGAUGAGAAUUCACUAGCAAUCGCAUGCUUUAACUGUGAUACUACGAUAACACCGUUAUGGAGAAGAGACGAUGCUGGUAAUACUAUUUGCAAUGCUUGUGGAUUAUUCUAUAGGUUGCAUGGAUCACAUCGUCCUAUAAAGAUGAAGAGAUCAACAAUUAAAAGGAGAAAAAGAAAUGUAUCCGACCACAAGUCAAAAGAUGAAUCAAAAGACGCGAAAUUGUCAGUAUCAUCACCAGGAAGAGCUUCCACUGAAUCACCAGCGCUAGCAUCUACAACGACACCAGCACCAACUGAAUCCACAUCUUCAUUGCUACAGCAAAGACGGACUUCACCGCCACUACAAGCAUCAAAUACUGUGUCACCGCCACCGUCAUUACCAUCAUUUGUCCAUAGGCCGGUGUCACCAACCUAUAAUAGGCUACCACCGUUUUCUUACUCAAUCCCAUUCCAACGGGCAUCUCAAUUGGGACAAACAAGUCAAGGUUCAACACCACCACCAGGUGCAUCUCAGCAACAGCCGGUGCCAGUGGUAAUAUCACCAGGCCCGCAGAUGAUGUCCCAUUCAUUGUAUCCUAGAUAUAGUGGGAAUGGGAGGUUACCAAAUGGACCUGGCCCACUUCCUGGUCCACCACCACCAAUGCCACCACAGCAAUUACAGCCGUCACAACAACAGCCGCCGCCACAACAACAAGUACAAGUACAACUACAACCAAUGCAAAUACGGCAACAGGGUUCUGCAUCGCCCCAACCAUCAACGUAUAAUCAGCAUCAAUAUCAAACAGUUGCUGAAACGCAACCUCCACCAACCCUACCUCCAAUAAAUCGUAACCCGACUGGAUGUUGCUCUGGUUGUAAUUCAUCUAAGAGAACGCCUACCCCCAUGGCCAUAGAUUUUACGGCAACAUACAAGAAGGAGACGAGUGCUCCUCCAUCAUCAAUGAAUCAAAACGACAGUGAAGGUGAUGCAGUUGCUUCUGCUACAGCUGCACCAGCAGUUGGGGCCACUACGGUUGAAUCUACGCCACCAUCUCUGGAUAGAGGAAGAAGAAGAAGUGGUCAAAAAAAGAGAGCAUUGACGAUUGGGGGUCUCUUGAAUGAGUAG